GUUACCCCGUGAUAUAAACAUUUCCACUACGCUUUUCCUACUGCAAGUAGCGUUUAUCAUUGAACUGCAAUGCGUACUACUUUACUUUAGUCUUCACAACAUAAAGUAAAGCUUUAGUUAUGUUUGUUUGUGCAGUUACACGGCGGUUACGUCACGCUGCAUGUGCGUCAUUAUUUCAGAGAGUUUUAAGCCUCUCUCAGGUUUCCCGGAGUUAUACAGAUGCUCCCGCAACUGUGAAACAGUUAAAUAAACCUAUAAAGCAUUGGGAGUUAUUAAUUAGUCCUUUUACAAAGGUUAGGUGUCAUUUAGGCUGUAAUAUAUCCGUAAAGUCACUGGACCCACAUACUUUUCCAGAAGCUGAUCGAGCCCUUAUUACUGUGCACGUGACUGAUCCCAAUCAAACUGUUAAUGUGGACAGAUUUCAUGUUCAAUAUGAUGACCAAAGCAGUGAACUUGAGAUUUUGGCCGACGAAAUGGACAGCGAUGUCACUGUUGAACUGACAGCACCUAUUAAAUGUGAUCUCCAAAUCAGGACGAAAGACAAAGGUAAUGUGAAGAUCCAGAAAAUGGAGAGUGACCUCUGCCAUGUGCACACAGAGAGAGGACACUGUGUCCUCAAGUCUGUCAAGGGUCAUGAAGUUCAAGUUCAGUCCACAGGAGGAAACGUCACUGGACUUCACACCAUACAUGGGAAUGUAGAUAUCGGCACAUCUGCAGAUGGUAAUGUCGAUAUUAGGAAAAUUCAGGGAACCACAAUGAAUCUCUGCACAGAACAUGGUGAUCUGAAAGUUAAGGCCAUCUACGCUGAGACCACCUCUGUGACCACUUCCUCUGGGAACAUCCAGAUCGGUCAUGUACAUGGUCAGGCUCUUGUACAAAGUGAAACCGGAAACAUUGUCAUUGACAGCUCAAGUGGAGCCCUGAAGGUGUUUACAGUCUCUGGAAACAUUGACGUUUAUGUGGGCCAAGAUGGAACUGCAGAACUUCACAGUCAGGAAGGUGCAGUGAGUGUACGUGUGCCCUCCACUAUGAAGACAGCAGUGCAGUUGUGUGGAGUGUCAGUUAGCAUCAACUCUGAUGUGACAUGUGAAGAGACUGAACGUGUAUCAGCUGAAGGCAAGACAGCAGUCACAGCUCAUUUGAAUGGCAGCACAUUUGAGGAACGGUGGAUAAAAGCCACAGCUGAAAAAGCUGCUGUAAACCUGAAAACCCAGAGCUGGUUUGAAACCCUCAGACUCGGUGCUCAGAGUUAAAACCUGCACAGAAGCGUCCGGGACCAAAUAUUGGCUCUGUCCAACAAGAUACUUCAAAUACAGUAUAGUUGUGGUGAGAUACAGUAGUGUCUUGAAAUACGAGUGAGUGAAAAUUACACAUUUGUGUGUCAUUUGAGUUAAACAAAAUAAAAAAAAACUAAACAAAAUAAAAAUAAACCACUGAUAACAUGUCUGUAUACAGUAUUAUGCUAAAACAAUACG